CAUUCCCAAGCAAUUCCCCGGCAGUGAGCGACGAAAAGCAUGGCUGUAGAUCCCAACCACGCCGCCGGGCGGCCGCUGAGACCCAUAGCUCCUGCCCCGCCGGGUCCUGCUCACAUGUACACAGUCCCAAUUCGGGCGCAGUCUUCACCUGGCGCACUUUUCUACCCCUCUGGCCGCCCUCCCCUCAAUUUUCAGCCUCAUCCUCGUCCUCGUCCUCCUCACCCUGCCGCGUUCCAAUCUCCUCUUCCGCCGCCUCCAGUUAAGCUCUCUUCCACUCCCGAGCUUCGCUUCUCCGGCCUCCCGGUUGCUCCUCCCUCUUCGGUUCCCGACACCAACGGCAUCAUUAGGGAUGACAGUCAGUUCGUCAUUCAAGACCGCAAAGUCAGGAUAACGGAUGGAGCUUCUCUGUAUAUGCUUUGUCGGUCGUGGUUGAGGAAUGGUACUCCUGAAGAAAGUCAGACACAGUAUGGAGAUGCUACGAGGUCUCUUCCAAAACCUUUACCCAUAUCUAUGGCAAGUGCUACUCAGGAAAAGAAGGAAGAUAAAAAAGAAGACAAUGAAGCCAAGGAUGAGGAAUCCCUUGAACAUGUAUCACCAGAAGAUCUGUUAAAAAGACAUGUCAAACGUGCUAAAAAGGUUCGAGCACGAUUAAGAGAAGAACGCUUGCGACGCAUUGCUAGGUACAAGUCUAGGCUUGCUCUUCUUCUUCCUCCACAUGCAGAACAGGUCCGCCAUGAUCUAGCAGCUGGAAAUUAAUGUAUGCAAACUUGAUAAGACUUCAUUAAACAUUAAGUAGGAUUGUGCCUUUCGCUGUAUAAAUUUGUUUUGUUGUUUGGUUUGUUGUAUUCACUUUGGAGUAAUAGAAACAGUAAUGCUCUUAAACAUGAACAAUGAUAUCUCAAUGUGUUGGGCAGCACCUUGAGAACUGAUCAGGUGCAACAUUGUGUCAACUGCCUUAAAGAGUAUAAUUUGAUUG